AUGUCGUCCCAGCACUACCAGCCCCGCCGCUUCACGAUCCCGCCCACGCACGAGCUCCGCUUCGAGCUCGAGAACCCGACGGACGCCCUCUCGCUCCGCCUCGUGUCCGGCCGCGCAGAGGUGUUCGGCGCAGAGCUCGUGCCCGGCGCGAGCUAUGGCUACAGCCACGAGCAGCGCGGCGCAGUCUGGGCACCCGGCAUCAACGGCGAGGGAGCCGAGGUCGAGAUGAGGAACCUCGACUCGGUCUACGUCGCGUCCGAGUCGGCCCUCUCGACCUACUUCAACCUGCACCUGUCCCUCUCUCGCCUACGCCUCCUCGCCCGCCCCUCGUCUUUCGAAGUCACUCGCGACCUGUCCCAGCCCGACGACGAGGUCGCACCACCACGAGUGCUCAUCGUCGGCGAGCGCGGCGCGGGCAAGUCGAGCCUGCUCAAGAUGCUCGUCAACUGGCGCAACCGGGGCGAGCGCGCCUUGUGCGGCACGGGCCGCGCGCCGAGCGGCAUCACGGUCGUUAACCUCGACACGAGCGAGGGCCAGUGGACGCUGCCGGGCACGAUCGGCCUCGCGAGCACGAGCGCCGCCCUCCCGACCACGUCGCCCGCCGCCCCGAUGGGCACGUCCUUCUCGUCCGGCCCUCCUGUACCCUUUCCUCCACCGGCAUCGUCGACCUCUUCUUCUGCCGACGCACCUCCUCCCUAUCACCCUCCCGUCAACGUCGACGCGUACGCGCCCCUCGUCGACCCGCUCGUCUUCUUCGCCGGCCACCUGUCGUCGACGACCAACCUGCCGCACUUCGAGCUCCUCAUGCAGAGCGUCGCCGAUGCGGCCAAGCGCAAGGUGGACGCGGCGGGCGUCGAGAGCUGGAAGGCGGGCCUGUUGGUCGACUCGCCCGGCGAGUGGGCGGAAAAGCGCGGAGGAGGGUGGGAGCGGAUAAAGGCGGCCGUCCGGGCGUUCGAGAUCAACAUCCUGCUCGUCGUCGGCUCGGAGCGGUCGUACGUCGAGAUGACCAAGCUCAUGAACACGAACAAGACGGUGACGGUCGUGCGAGUGCCCAAGUCCGACGGCGCCUCUGAUCUCGACCUCUCGACCCUCGCCCGCCUCCAGGCGCUGCAGACGCGCGCCUACUUCUACGGCGGCCCGGCCGUCACCCAGGGCCUCCUCUCGCCCUUCAGCAUCAUCGUGCGCCUGAGCGACAUCCGCAUCGUGCGCGUCGGCGAGCAGGCGGGGUCGCACGCGCCGUCGAGCGCGCUCCCGAUCGGUGCGACGCGGCUCACGAGGGAUACGGAGCUCGUCGAGGUCGACCUCGAGGGACCACGCGCCGCGAGCGAGGUCGUCAACCGCGUGCUCGCCGUCCCGAUGGCGGAGGAGGAGCGAGACGGGCAGGAGAAGGUCGUCAAGGGCCCCGUCAUGGGCUUCGUCUGGGUGUCGGCUCUCGACAAGGACAAGAAGAAGAUCACGCUCCUGUCGCCCCUCCCCGGCCGGCUACCGCGCAAGACGCUCAUCCUCGGCUCGAUCGACUGGGUCGACGCGUGAGCGAGUUUGAGAAGGACGUUUCGUACUUUUCUCGGGCUGCAACGAGAUCAAGCUCAGUUGCGCGCU